AUGAUUGAUGGUCGAUCGAUAACAGACUACAAUAUUAAACAAUUUCGAGAAAAGGUUGGAGUUGUUAGUCAAGAACCCAUUCUGUUUGGUAUGAGUAUUUAUGAAAAUAUUCGUUUGGGUAAAGUAAAUGCAACACGAACAGAAAUUGAACAAGCAGCACAAGAAGCAAAUGCACAUCAUUUCAUCAUGCAAUUACCGGAUAAAUAUGAAACGCUUGUGGGUGAAUGUGGUAUACAGUUGAGUGGUGGUGAAAAACAGCGUAUUGCAUUAGCUCGUGCUCUUGUCAAACAGCCUACUUUCCUUUUACUGGAUGAAGCAACAAGUGCACUUGAUAAUGUUAGUGAAAAACUUGUUCAAGAAGCGCUCGAUCGAGCAUGCAAAGGCCGUACAACUAUUGUUAUUGCUCAUCGUUUGACUACAAUUCAAAAUGCUCAUCAAAUAUAUGUAUUAAAUAAUGGAACUGUGAUUGAGCAAGGUACACAUGAAACAUUGAUGACAAAAGACGGAGGAAAAUAUCAAUCAAUGGUUAAACGUCAACAAAUGGAAAAAAUCGAUGAUGACGAAGAUGGUAUGAUGAACAUGCAAAAAGCAACAGAAGAAGAUGAAAAGUCGAUAAGAUCGAAAUUGACACAACGUAUUCGUGCGAAAGCUUUUGCAUGUCUUCUUCGUCAAGAAGUUGCUUACUUUGAUCAACCUGAAAACAGUUCUGGUGCGAUUUGUACUCGUCUCUCUACUGAUGCAUCAGCUGUUCAAGAAAUGACUGGUACACGAGUUGAUUUUCGUGGUGAGAUAAAAUUUGAUCAAGUCAAAUUUAUCUAUGCAACUCGACCAACAUCUGUUGUUCUUGACAAAUUUCAAUUGAAUAUCAAGCCAAGUCAACGUGUAGCUCUUGUUGGGGCAUCCGGAUGUGGAAAAUCAACAAUUAUUCAACUGUUGGAACGAUUUUAUGAUGUUACAAGUGGUCAACUACUUCUUGAUGGCAUUGAUAUUCGAAAACUAAACCUUCAUUGGGUUCGUUCUCAUUUUGGCCUUGUCAGUCAAGAACCAAUUUUGUUCGACUUAACAAUUGCUGAAAACAUAGCAUAUGGCUUAGAAAAUAUUCCAAUGAACGACAUUAUCAAUGCAGCACGUAAAGCUAAUAUUCAUCAAUUUGUUGAGCAAUUACCUCAGAAAUAUGAAACAAAAGUAGGGUGGAAAGGCAGUUUUCUGUCAGGGGGUGAGAAGCAGCGUGUUGCUAUUGCUCGUGUUCUUCUACGUCGACCUAAAGUAUUGCUCUUAGACGAAGCUACAAGUGCCAUGGAUUCAUACAAUGAACAAGCAAAAGCUCUUGAACAAGCUCAAACAGAAGAUCCUAGUCGAACAUCACUCAUCAUUGCUCAUCGGCUAUCAACUGUUCGUGCAUGUGAUUUGAUUUGUGUAUUUAAUAGAGGACAUAUAGUGGAAAGUGGUACUCAUAAGGAAUUGAUACAACGACGUGAAGCUUAUUAUAAGAUGCUUGCUCAACACAAUUUAAAAUAA